AUGUAGCCCAUUUUGCAAUAUUACGCCUAACCUAAAACCGAAAAUUUCAUCUCCAUGAGAAUCUCAAAUUUCAUAUAAUUACAGUUAUUAAUUUUGUGGUUAGUUAUGGGGACUUUGUUCUGCCCCCAAUUAGGAUUCGUAAGUUAAUUUGUGUCUUAAAAGUGUUGAUAGGUACGAUAUGACGCCCCGAAGUUGGAGACAUUAUGUUUCCCCGAAACAUAGGUGUCGUCCACAAGGCCACACCGCGUUACAACCCAAAAGACCAACAUCGACAAAUCAGUUUACGUUUCAUGUUAGGACAUCGCCCUGGCAACAGACAUAAACAUGUGUAGUUGGUGCUUUAUGUAGUAGGUUGGCUAUUCUGUACCCGGGCAGCAGCUCAUAUUCGAGGUUCGGGCUGAUGGCUGUCGGCUAACAAUUUUGUUUCAAAUAUUCGCUUUUUAUGCUUUGUUUUCAUUAUGCCGAGGAUAAAAGCAUCCCCAAAGAAAUGUGUGAAAACGUCAAAUCCUCAGCAGUCCUCAAACACAUGGGUAUUUCUACUGAAAGGUGAAGCUUUGGAAGUUCCUGAAGGGUUUGCUGGUACUGGGACUCCUGACAUAGUGCAGUUGAGGCAUCCACAGUCAGGAACACCAGCUAUGUUCUUAUUCAGUCCAGGAGAUGGGAUGGUUCAAGAAGUUUUGACAUUUUCAGAAAACAGAAGAUCUUGGUUCAUCGAAGAAUCAGUCAAAUCAGAUGGAAAGCUGCACCUGUCAACGCCAAUUGAUCCCAUCUUUCUUGCUCUUCCUUAUCUGAGAAAGACAAGUCAGGCGAUGCCUCUGGACCAGUUGCUGAAGGACGAGGAAUUCCCAGAGACCGAGAGGUUACUUCGAUCCACAGGCCUCAAACAUCUGAAUCAGGUUGCAGACAGAAAAGGAGAUGAAGAUUUGAAUGCCUACAAAUACAGCGAGGAAAAGACGUUGAGCUGGCUUCAGCGAAAAACAGAAAGAGUGGCCGAAGUUCUGAAGCAGAAGGGCAUUCAUGUGUCGGGUGGAGCCGUCUCAGCAACAUUCGUAAAGAGCGGGAAACCAGAUCCGUCUGACUCUGAGUCAUACCUUAGGUAUGCGCAUGGGAUUGUAUCAGAAUACCUGGCAGAGGACCUAAGUAUCAAGCUUCUGAAGUACCUGAGCCUACCUGAGGAAAAGUCGUCGGAGAGCCACGGAAAACGCAAGCUGUCGGUGGCACAGUACGGUGGCAACAGCAAUGCCGGCACGCCACCUUGCGCUCCCGCAGGAGAGCUCUUCAAAAAGGCCAAGCAGGAAGACCUGGCCAACGGAGGAGUUCUGGAUCUCACGAAGCCAGAGAAGGCUGCCAAACCUAGCAUCACAGCGAAAGAUAAGGCUCGCGCCAAAGCAGCGUCUGGGUCGAAAAACAUCUCCACCUUCUUCAAAAAGAAAUAAAAGAAAAACAUGGAAUGAAAUUGUAAUAAAAUAUCAUCUUAUUUGUGUUCCUAUGUUUGAAAUUGUGUCGUUAAUAUGGGGACAGCUUCCCCAUUAAAAAAAUGCAAGAUGGAUAAAUGAAGAAACAGAAAAUAUGUUUUAAUUUGUUGAUCCAGUUGAACAACGUUCUUAUGUGCAAAUUAUGUUCUGUUCUGCCAGACAGGUGACAGUCAGGGACAAGCACAACAGGUGAGGAGAAGAGAGAAGAAGAAGAAGAAAUCCAUCUGAAAAAAUACUAUUAACAUAUAAAAAAUUUACCUGCAAGCAAUAUUGUAAUAAAAUUGUUAAAUGUUUUCCUAGCAGUCCAGAUCAGAACAGAAGUUUACCAGUAUAUAUAUAUAUAUAUAUAUAUAUAUAUGUGUGCUUUAUUACUCGAGAGAAAUGUUUUUCAGUAAUAAAUAGAAGGGAAAUCGCUCAAAAAGCACCAUGAGGGAUUGAUCACAAGUUCUUGUUGAGGAGGGAUUUUUAUUGUUGUUCUUGUGUGUGCUAGGCAUCCCCUACCUGCUCGACCAGCAUAGUACAAUAUUUGUAGUCUUCGUUGUCAUGGUUACGACUGGCAUCUAUAUUUUGUUUUGUUUUAUUAAUCUGUAACGCUGUGACUUGCAUACAGUUUGCCAGUUUCAUGUUGGUUUCUUGCAGUAUUUCUAUAGUGACUCAGUUGUUAACUUUAAUGUCACCUUUUUUUUUUUUAAAAAAAAAAAAAACUAUUUUGCCACUUUAUUAUUUACAUUGAGUGACGUGCAAAUUUUAUUUUGAAAUGUAUUGAAUAUGACUGUUAUUUAGAAGAGCUGUACUUAAUUUUUUUAGUGCUGUUAAUGAGAUUACAUGUGCAUACUUUUGUGAUAUGAAAUUUUCAUAGUGUACUUACUCAAAUCUAAAGAAAAAUCAUACUUCUUGGAUUUUAAAUACUGUCGUUUUAUUGCUUUAUAUAUCAUGAUGAAGAUUACUAUUGUACGUAAAUUGUAAUGCAUAAAAUGUGGUAAGGUAGCGUCUGUUUGCUGAUGCGCAGCUGUA